AUGCUAAAAGUACUAAUCCCUACAAUCAUAUUAUUUCCAACAAUUUGAUUAACCUCCCCUAAAUGACUGUGGACAACUACAACUGCACACAGCCUCUUAAUUGCCUCCAUCAGCCUAACAUGACUGAAAUGAACAUCCGAAACUGGGUGAACUUCCUCCAACAUAUACCUAGCCAAAGGCCCACUAUUAACCCCCCUAUUAGUCCUAACAUGCUGACUACUCCCACUUAUAAUCCUAGCCAGCCAAAACCAUAUUAAUCCCGAACCAAUUAGCCGGGAACGGCUAUACAUCACACUCCUUGCCUUACUACAAACCUUUCUGAUCAUAGCAUUCGGUGCCACAGAAAUCAUUAUAUUCUACAUCAUAUUUGAAGCCACACUCAUUCCAACCCUCAUUAUUAUUACCCGCUGAGGGAACCAAACCGAACGCCUUAACGCCGGGACCUACUUCUUAUUUUAUACUCUAGCAGGAUCCCUUCCGCUUUUAGUCGCCCUACUCCUUCUUCAACAAUCCACAGGUACACUAUCAAUACUUGUACUACAAUAUUCACAACCCCUACAACUCAACUCUUGAGGUCACAUGUUUUGAUGAGCUGGCUGCCUAAUCGCAUUCCUAGUCAAGAUACCACUAUAUGGUGUCCACCUGUGAUUACCAAAAGCACACGUAGAAGCCCCCGUAGCAGGAUCGAUAGUACUAGCAGCAGUAUUACUAAAACUUGGUGGAUACGGAAUAAUACGUAUAAUAGUAAUACUAGACCCCCUAUCAAAAGAACUCGCCUACCCAUUUAUUAUCCUAGCCCUCUGAGGAAUCAUUAUAACCGGAUCAAUUUGCCUCCGACAAACAGACCUAAAGUCACUAAUCGCUUACUCAUCCGUUAGCCACAUAGGAUUAGUAGCAGGAGGAAUCCUAAUUCAAACCCCAUGAGGAUUCUCAGGAGCAAUCAUCCUAAUAAUUGCUCACGGACUAGUAUCCUCGGCACUUUUCUGCUUAGCCAACACAGCCUAUGAACGAACCCAUAGCCGAACAAUAAUUCUCGCCCGAGGUCUACAAGUAAUUUUCCCACUAACUGCAGUAUGAUGGUUUAUCGCAAAUCUAGCUAACUUAGCACUCCCGCCUCUACCCAACCUAAUAGGAGAACUUAUAAUCAUCACAACAUUAUUCAAUUGAUCCCCCUGAACAAUUUUACUCACUGGCCUGGGAACACUAAUCACAGCUGGCUACUCCCUAUACAUGUUCCUCAUGUCACAACGGGGCCCAACACCAAACCAUAUUAUAGGCCUUCAACCAUUCCACACCCGAGAACACCUACUAAUAACUCUACACCUAAUCCCUGUUAUCCUCUUAGUAACAAAACCGGAACUCAUGUGAGGAUGAUGCUAUU